AUGGCUUCCAACAUAACGUCUUUCAGCACCCUACGGGCUCGCUCGUACAUUUUCCGGCUGCCGCUUUUCACGCGUAUCGUUCUGUUCGUGAUCAUCGCCGCGUGGUUCGCAGGUCUGCAGAAAGCUUGGGACGUGAGGCAAUGGGGCGCCUUGAUUCCUGACCAGUUGUCCUUUACCUCUUCGUAUCGAAUGAAUACAUUUCCUUUUGUCCAUGUGAACUUCAUCCACACGGCUAUGAACCUAGCGGCUCUAGCACCGUUGAUGGAGCGAUUCGAGGCGGAAUUUGGCACAUUGACGUCUAUAGCGCUCUUCAUUGGCCCUCUCAGCACGAUCCCGGCUGUUCUCUACGUCUUGAUCGAACGAUUCCUAUUCAAGGGCAAUGUCGGAGUGAUGGGAGCUAGCGUCUGGGUCUUUUUGCUCCUGGGCAUCGAGGCGAUUCGAACCUACAAGACGAACCCCCACCUGACGAUUGCGACAUACUCAAUUCCUACUUGGACGACCCCCCUGAUCCUCAUCCUCGUGGUUACGGCGCUCGUUCCUGGUACCAGCUUGCUUGGCCAUCUUUGCGGUGUCUUGGUUGGAUAUCUCUUCGGCCUCGGCUACCUCAAGUUCCUGAGCCCGCCCGAAAAGGCCCUGCGAUGGGUUGAAUCGAAGCUGAAUCUUCUAGGCCGCCUGCCACACUACGUGAGUGUCGACCAGAAGACUUACGGUCGAUUCGGCGUCCUGCCCACCAACAGCCAUGCCGGCGGCGGUAGCGCACCGAUAGCUCUCGUUGGUACGACACAGCGACUUGGACCAUAA